AUUUCCGCCAAUAACAAACCUGCUAGCUUGAGCAUCGGAAAAAGUGUAUUGUUUCUGUCAGUUAAUAUCGUGAGAAGAAAGUUGAUCAGGAGGCAUUUGCAAGAGGGGUGAAUAGUAAAUAUUUAGUUUAGCCAUCACAUCAAUGUAGUGUUGUUUCUAUAUUUUCUUUACUGGUUGAAAACGUUGAACAGCAAACAAAUGAUUCCAGCUAGCGGACUAGUUAGCUAACAGGCUAACGCGGUUGUUAGGGACAUGCACCGGGUCGGCGAGUUAGCUUGAAAGAUCCGGAGUUAUUGCGAUAUAACAUGUCACUGAGACGAACCCGGGCUCCUUUGGUGGUUAUAUAGCAAGUUCAGUCCGUACAGCUGGCAUCAAAGAAGGGAAUCAUCUGAUCCUUAGUUGGAACCGUUAGCUCAGGUUUUGAUUAACUUGUACUACAUUUUGCAAAAUGAGGGUGUUCGCAGUGUCUCACAAGACUGUCUUCGUGGUGGACCACUGUCCCUAUAUGGCUGAAUCAAGUCGUCAGCAGGUUGAGUGUGAUGUCCUGACAAAGAGUAGAGCUCAAGGUGUUAUUCCUUUGGCCCCUAUUUCCAAGUCUUUGUGGACCUGUGCUGUUGAGUGCUCCAUGGAGUACUGCAGAAUCCUCUAUGAUAUUUAUCCAAGGGACAAACUGGUUAAUUACAUUGUGAGUGAUUCAGAGUUCCACAUCUUAAAUAGCUGGAGGCAGGAAGACCAGAGCACCCAUGAGCUCAUGUCUGCUCUGGCAGCUGUUGGCCCACCAAAUCCACGUGAGGACCCAGAAUGUUGCAGCAUCCUCCAUGGACUAGUUGCUGCUGUGGAGUCGUUAUGCAAGAUAACAGAACUGCAGCAUGAGAAACGCACUACUCUGAUGGACACAGCUGAAAGAGUUUCCAAUAGGGGGCGAAUUAUCUGCCUUACCAAUGCAAAAAGUGACACUCAUGUGCGUAUGUUGGAAGACUGCAUUCAAGAAACAAUUUUAGAACAAAACAAGCUGGCAGCUGGCUCAGACAGGCUCAUGGCCAUCCAGCAGUGUGAGCUUGUUUUAGUUCACAUCUACCCACAGGGUGAAGAUACACUAGUGUCUGACCGACCGAAGAAAGAGAUCUCCCCUCUUCUCACCAGUGAAGUUCACAGCGUCCGUGCAGGGAGGCACCUGGCAACCAAACUCAACAUUCUUGUGCAGCAGCACUUUGACCUCGCCUCCACCACCAUAACAAACAUCCCCAUGAAGCCCACAUUAAAUGUUUGCGACCAGGAAGAGCAGCAUGCCAACACAUCAGCCAACUACGAUGUUGAGCUCCUGCAUCAUAGAGACGCUCAUCUGGAGUUCUUCAAAAGUGGAGACCUGCAUAUGGCUGGCACCAGCACACGAGAAAACGGACUCAAAGAGACAGUAACACUGAAAUGGUGCACUCCACGAACCAACAGUGUAGAGCUGCAUUACUGCACAGGAGCGUACCGCAUCUCACCCACAGAUGUUAACAGUCGACCCUCAUCAUGUCUGACAAACUUCCUCCUUAAUGGUCGAUCAGUGCUUCUGGAGCAGCCCAGGAAGUCAGGGUCAAAGGUCAUCAGCCACAUGCUCAGCAGCCAUGGUGGUGAGAUCUUCUUGCACGUGCUCAAUAGCAACCGCUCCACCCUGGAGGACCCGCCCUCUAUCAGCGAGGGCUGUGGAGGGCGAGUGACAGAUUACCGCAUCACAGACUUUGGUGAAUUUAUGAAGGAGAACCGUCUGACUCCUGUUUCGGAGUCCGCCCAUGAUCCUUCUGGGAAGUUCCCAGCAGAAAGGGCCAAAGCUCAGCUGGAACGACACACCCGCUAUUGGCCAAUGAUCAUCUCUCAGACCACUAUUUUCAACAUGCAGGCAGUGGUGCCACUGGCAAAUCUAAUAGUGAAAGAGACUCUGACUGAGGAGGAUGUUCUAACCUGCCAGAAGACAGUUUAUAACCUCGUUGACAUGGAGAGAAAGAAUGACCCUCUUCCUAUCUCUACUGUAGGAUCCAGAGGCAAGGGCCCCAAGAGAGAUGAGCAGUAUCGCAUCAUGUGGAACGAAUUGGAAACAUUAGUGAAAACUCAUGCAGGAGCCAGUGACAGACACCAGCGGGUUCUCGACUGCAUUGUCGCCUGCCGCAGUAAACCUCCUGAGGAAGAGGAAAGGAAGAAAAGAGGGAGGAAGAGGGAGGAAAGGGAAGACAGAACGGAGAAAAAUGGCAGCAAAGACACAGACGACAAAAGCUGGCAGGACUCAGAGAGGUUGAAGGGUCUGCUAGACAAAGAAGAUCAAGAGGCUGAAGUGAUCAAGGAUUCCCCCGACUCCCCAGAGCCGCUCAACAAGAAGCCACGCCUGUCCACAGAGGAGGCCCAACCUCCAGAGAGAGCAAAAGGUCCAGUGUCACUUCUCUCCAUGUGGACCAAUCGCAUCACCACAGCCAACUCCAGGAAGCACCAAGAGUUUAUUGGCAGAAUGAGCUCUGUCAACGACAAGUUUGAGUUGUACCAGCACCUCAAAGAUGAGAAUGGGAUGGAUGUUCAUGAAAAUGGAAAGGCCACCAGAUGAUGUUUCCACAGAUUCACUGCUUCACUCUUUCCCUGGACAUCACGGACCACAAUGUUUUCCAGACUUUCAGUCUCUACAAAAUCUGGAUAUCCAAAUAAAUUACAAAGUGAACUCUAAUGAGGAAUUUAUACAUUUUUUUUACCCAAGAUUUUGUAGAUAUUGUUCACAUAUUGUGUAACACAAUAAACACUCUGUAGAAAACUUUGGUGUGGCUUUAGCCCAAAUCGUAUUGAAUGUGCAUUCAAUAAAUGAGAUGUUUUGCUAUAG